AUGUCCUCGACCAGAACGAUCAUCUUACCGGCUGUUCUUAUCGUAAUCAUGGCAUUCUUUCAUGAAGUGCAGGCAGCUCCAACGGAUAUUGCACUUCGUGAAGUUGAUUCCACACUUAUCGAUACUUUAACGGGGAAGGAUCGCUCUUUCCGAGUUAAACGACAGGGAGGAGGAGGAGGAGGUUGUGGUUGUGGUUGCGGAUGUGGAUGCGGAUGUUGUAGACCUAGAUGUUGUUGUCAAUGUUGCUGUACAACGUGUCGUACAUGCUGUUGUACUCGUUGCUGCACAUGUUGUCGACCAUGCGGAUGUGGAUGUGGUUGCGGCGGUGGUUGCGGUGGUGGAGGACGAAAGAGAAGAUCUCUUGACAAUCUUCGCAUUCGACUUAACAUGAAACAUUCGGCUGAGGCUAAAAACGAACAACCAGCUGUUUAUGAGCUACCCAGAGAGAAAAGAAACAUCAUGUGCAAUAGACUAUGUGUACCUUCAGUCGGUUUUCCACGACCUCAUGAUCUCUAUGAAGAUUACUAA